GAUAAACGGGAUAACAAUGGACCUGGCAAGUAGUAGACAGUUAACUGGUGCAGGCGGGAACACACUUUCCACACAGAAAUGUCCAUCGUUGAUAAGUCGGGUAAGAAAAGACCUGCAAGUACAUUUGAGGAAAAUGGCCUUAUUGUAGGUGUAGGGAAUGAAGUUCAGACAAUGUUAGAAAAAUUUGGAGCUGACAUUAGCAAGGCAAUGCAGGCUAAAAGGAAACGCCUGGAAGCUUUUACCAAAAGCUCUCUGAAAGGCAGCAACCAGAAAAUAGAGCAGCUGUGGAAGACCCAGCAUGGCCAGAGACAGAAGCUGACGCAGGAGUACUCCCAGGAGAUGCUGUCAGUGCUGCGGCAGUGGGAGACCGAUGUUAAGAAAUCUGAGGAGCAGGAGGAGAAACUGAAUAAUUUAUUUCAACAGCAGCAGAAGUUCUUCCAACAGGCACGGGUUGUGCAAAGUCAAAAAAUAAAACACAUAAAAGAGCUGUAUGAGCAGUUUGUCAAGAACAUGGAGGAGAUGGAGAAAAGUCAUGAGGCUUUUCUCCAGGGAGCACAGAUGGAGUUGAAAAAGGAGAUGGCUCUGCUGCAGAAAAAGAUAAUGAUGGACACACAACAACAGGAGAUGGCCACCGUGAGGAAGUCUCUACAGUCCAUGUUGUUUUAAAGUCUGAUGUAUUUUGUUCACUUGGAAGAGUUCUGUAAUGCUCAUGCUGUCACUGUAAAUGUUGAGUGUAUGAAAUUGAUACAAUUAUCUGGAUGCACAUGAAUGAUAGUUUGUGUUCAUAUUUUUUGCUGGCUUGUUUGCACAAAUUUGUAUGGAUUGUUCUCAGAUAAGAAAAAGCCUUUUCAAAAUAAUCAAUCCCAUAUUACAAACGUAUUUUUACUGAACAUGGCGAAAAGCAUCCAUUUACCCUGGUGACAGGUGAACAUUGGAGCUGCAAAAGGUUUUGAAGAUGGAAGAUUGGUCAUUUUUUGGGACUAUUAAAGACUGCAUUGUUUUAUGCAAAAUAUUGUUGUAUGUGUAAUUGGACUGUUAUUCAUGUUUUCUGGCUUUACAGAACUCUUUUUUGCUGUACGGGACUAAAAAAAUUUAGUUACAGUUGGGGGUUAACUACUGUAAGUUAAAAACUUACAGCAUUUAGUCUCUUUUUUAACCAUUUAGUACAAAUUUACAUUUUAAUAAAUGUAAGCUAUUCAAACAUUAUGCACAUUAGGUGAAUAUCCACCCUUUCGUUUUCUAUUUAGCCUUUAAUCCUUAAGUAUCCAGCAAUAAAGAUAUAUUUCUGGGACUGGCUCCAGAUCCACUGUGACUUAAUGUUGAAUAAACUGUUUAAAUACCUUGA